UGCUGUAUUUUCGUGCGCGAUCUAGUAACGUUAGGUGCUACGAGAGCUCUGUUUCAGCGUUCAGUGAGUGACGACGAAAGACGAAAUAAUAUAGCGUGUUUAAUUUUUGUGCUCGUUUUAAAUUUUAAGAAAUGUUGCAGCAGGCAGCAAUGUCGACCUUCAGCCCCCAUUAAAAAUGUGGUUUGAGCCUCAGUGGAACUGAUAUUUGCAGACCAUCUAAACUCUGAGAUAAAAUCAACUUAAACAAAACAAUCAAGAGACUUUGCAAACACAACUCCUUCGUCAUUGGACCAGAUAUGAGACAAAUGAGGUGUCGCAUGCAAGCUUAGAACCCAAGAAUGAUAUUCAAGAACUGUGCCAUGAUGGGUUUGCAGACCACUACAGGAGUAGCAGCAGGAGGUGGAGGAACGGGAUGUAAGCGAAAACUGGAAGCGGCAACUGCCCCCUUGGACUCAUCGACGCCUCCGGCGAAGACGGGUCGCUGGGAAGCGGACGAUUGCAUAGCGCGUCUCCAGGCCGUGGCCGUCCCGACGGCCGACGCCUGGAGGACUCCGACGCCGUCUCUGGCCGCCUCCCUUCUCACCACCACCGUGGCUUCGUCGGGACCGGAGGCUGUCACCACCACGUUGGACGACGACUUCGACGACGAGGAGUUUGACGAUGAGUUGUCGGAUGACGAGAAGGGUGGAAGCGGGAGCACCAUCCCCGAACCAGCCAGGUUUACACCAUACCAGUAUAGCAGGUUUCAAACUCAAACCGACUAUUGGCAAUACUACCAGCCGCCCCAGCAGCAAACGAUACGGUGCGAAGAGAACGGUAAGAGCUACCUCGAGUUGGGUGCUUCUCCCCCCGCUAGAACGCGUUGUUGUGACGGUAGGACGAGAUGGUGUCACGUACCAUGUUACCGACAGAGACGUUUAGCUGUUUUAAAUCUUUCAAUGUGCAAACUAGCCAGGUAUAGACAAUGUUCGGAUCCGUCUUUGCGUAGAUCGGUGCUGAUAUGUAACACUUUAAGGAGGCUAGAACGAGAAAUGGAGUCUGAACCGCCGGAACCAAGUUAUCCGUCAUUACCAGCCCUAUCGCCGAUAACGGUACCGGACACCAACUACGAACAAAGCCUGAGGGAUAUGAACUGCUCGGGAAGAGCAACCCCCUUUCCUUCCAACCCUCCAGACACGGACUCCGGUCUGGGCGACGACGAGACCACCAGGCCGAUCAACUGGGGCUCGGUUCUGAGCCUCACGAGCCAAACGGACUUGGAAUCGCUCAAUAACAAUGAACUAUACGCCGAGCUCGGUCUUAGUAGUAGUAGUAAUAGUGAAAAUUCCGAAUGGAAAGAAAACGUACGGACUGAGAACGAAUGGGAUGGCUUCAUGCAUGUCUUAGUGGGGGGCACGUAGCAUUAAACUGCUACUUAGUAUUAUAGGUCAGAUGUAACAAGGCUUAAGAAAUGAAAAAUAUCUUUUCGACACUUUUUAACAGGGUUGCCUUCCAAAAUGUACAACAAAAACGUAAAUAAGUAUUUAAAAGCACAAAAAGUUAACUAUUAGGGGUCGUAGUUCAACUUGCGAGCAAAAUCUUGUAUAUAAAUAUACCUACGAUAUUGUUUUUAACUAAAUUUUUUACAAAAACAAAAAUUGUCUGAGUGUUCUUGACUUUCAAAGGUUCUAUUAGACAGAUAGCCUCCUGAGCUGUUCUCUCUCUUAUUGCCUUUCCUCCUUAUGGAGUAUUGGGCGGUGUUGCGUUUCUUAGCCAAAAGUGAAAGAUGGUUGAUUGGCUGGAUCAGCGCAUACCUGAGCUGUUCUAUCACAGUACUAAUGUAAUGACAUAUACCCGUUUUGUUCUGUUCUCUUUUCUUGGUUGCCAUAUACAAACUACUUUCUUGACUGACUUUUUCCAUGUGUUUAUAUGUCAUUCUACACUUUUUGACACUUGGCGCAUAUUCAAAAUAUUUUUUCAUGCAUUUUGAAACUUUUGAUGCACCUUUGAGGUCUUUUGACAUUAUAUACGUCACAUUCUACGCGCUUGUCGCAUAUUUAACGCUGUUUGACAUAUAUUCGACGUUUUUGGCGCAUAUUUGAUGCUUUUGACGCAUAUUCGACCGUUUUAUCACAUUUUAGGUGUAUAUGCGCCGAUAAUGCCUUAAUAACCUUCAACAUGCGCCAAAAGCGUUGACUAUAUUCGAAUACGCGUCAAGGAAUGACGAAUAUGCAUCGAUUAUGCGUUGAAUACGCACCAAAAACUUCGAAUAAUCGUCAAAACCGUAAAGUAGCGUCCAUUAUGCGACAACUAUGCGCCAAAAACGUCGAAUAAUCGUCAAAUGCGAAAAGUAACGUUCAUUAUCCGUCGAAUAUGCGCCAAAAACCUCAAAAAGCGUAGAAUAUACUCUGAACAUCUUUCCCAACAAUAUUCCAUGCGUACAGCAUGGACAGAAUAGACAUAAGCAUUUUUUGACGUAUUCCCAUAACAUUGGGCGCAAUCUCACCAAAUAGCCCAUUAUCUUGUAGCUUAAAUACUAUUAUUGUUUAUUUUUGAUCCAUUUUUCACGUAUGGGUAAUCCAAUAAGUUGCUUACUAAUGUGAAACCCAAAUCUUGAAUUUUGGAUAUUGUAAUCGCAGAGUUAUGGACAAUAUACGUGGUCCUUGAUGAAAAUACUUUCUUCUUUACCAAAUAACGCCUUUUUUGGAAUUACUUCUUUUGCUAACUGAUUUUAUCAUUAAAUACAUCAGGGCAUAUAUCUUUCUUCUGGCUCUUCCCGUAUAAUCCUGGCUUAGCCUUAAUUCAGAUCGAAUUAUUUGGCCGUUGCAUGGUUGUUUUAAUGCUGAUUUCGUAAAAAUUCCUUAGAUAUCAAGAAUUCUCAUACAGCUUUUUGUUUUAUUUUAUAACUUUGCUAAACUUAAACCUAACAGCAUAGUAUACUAUUGGUAUACUAUUAUAAUAAACCACAAAACACAAUGUUUUGGGUUUUGUCACAAUAUAGAGUUAUUGAAGUGUUUUAUAGCGCAAUUUUAAUUUGACAUACAUAAUAUACUCAUGCGCAGUUUUGCAUCCUUUAUUACUGUCUUUUAAUAAAAUAAAGGAUGCCUAUAUUAAAAUUAAAUACAUGCCAGAGAACGCAUAUUUAAAGAUACCCUUAUUUUGACGUAACCUGUCAAAUUAUGCGUAGAAAGACAUCUAACUUCGCUUUUAUUUAUCACAUCCUGUAUAUCUUUGGAUAUUUGAUCAAAUAUGUUUUUUUAUAUAAUGAAUAUUGUUAAUAUGCGAAAACAACUAUUUCUUCGUCAUUAGCCCAGCUAAAAUAGCUGUUUCUAAUUAUUGCUCUUCCAUAUUAUAAGAUGAGUAUUAUGGAUUAUGGUAGAUAUUCUAUAAAUGACAAAAUAAUUAAAUUCAAUGUUUUACUCUUUUUAAUGAUCUUAUUUUAGUUUUUAAUCUAGGAUCUUAUCGUAGGUAACAAAUAGGAUCUUAUAGGUUAUUUUUAUGUUAUACAAACGUCAUUUGUCAAAAUUUCAAAUGUCAUUUGUCAAAAUAAGAGAUUCCUUUAAAAUGUUAGCAAUGGUCGAAUUCAGGAGAUGAAAAAGUGAGGGAGCAGUUCCCGAUGGAGCGGUAACAGUUGUGUUUCGUCUUGUGAACACUCUGUUCCCUAAAUUCGUGACAGCCUAUCACUUUCUGUUAUAUGUGAGGUACUUACCUCUGCACAAUAAAUUGUUUUUUUACUUCAUAAUCAUGGUCAAAGACCAUGGACUGUUUACCGAAUUAAAACAAGCUCACUGUCAUGGCGACCGUUCCGUAACACGUUCCGCAAGUAGCGCGACAUUCAGAGAACGAAUUCCCAAUAUGUAGUUGCGGAACCGCUCCGUCACUUUUUCGUCUCAUGAAUGCGACAAAUAACUCUGUAAUGUGACAAAUCCUAGUGUCUCCUAAGUUGUAUCACCUUUACAUUAUACAUAUGUAAAUUAAUGAACAAAUUCGACCCCUGAUCAACGAAACAUGAUACAUUCCAAUUCAAAGUAAACGAUCUAUAUAGUUCGACUUAUCUAUUACCAAAAACUCAGAUCGAUAUUUUUCAUAUACUGGCCUACUUUACUCAGGUUGUGAUUUUAAUAUUUUAGAAUGAAUUAUAAGGACAUGGUGCGUGUGAGAAUAUGCAGCUGAAAUUUCAAUCGUUUUCGAUUAUUUUACAUAUUAUUUCGAUACUGCGGGCCUAAGUAUGAUGAGAUACUUAAUUUUUUAUGAAUAAGAUUAGUGUGAUCUCCGAAUGCUCAAUUUAUUGGUCAUAGCAUAAGAAGACAACGUUUUAAUUAUGGAUUACCAAGACCAUUAUUAACUCAUCUCUGCUUUUUUUAAUGGUUCAGGUAUUUACCAAAAAAAGGUUCAGUUUACAAUUGGGGCUGUUCCACGAGGAUUCGCAGGGAAAACAGAAGUUUGGAAUAACAGGAGGCCAUGAGUCGUACCAUCUUAUCAUAAGAUUUAUUCGUGGAGCAUGCCCAGAACGUAUCCUGAACGUAACCAGAGGGAGAUCGCCUGCGCGUUACGUUUUCGGAGGGAAAUAUUCGACCUUAUUGAACGUCCAAUUUUGUAAUGCGCAGGGGUUCUCCCUCUGGGUACGUUCGGGUUAUACAGCGCGAAAAGACCUUAGAGGGAGUUAUGACAGAACUGUUUUAGCAUUUUUACUUUCAUACCAAGAGAGAGGUUGUCGCUCUUGCAGAAGACCCCAUCCGGUUGAAGGUGGAUCUUUCGAUGCGCGCUCUUAUCUCUUGGUUGUAUGUACCUGGUGCUGAAGUGGUUGUAGUGCGUCAUUCUUUCUACAGGGGUUUAGUUGACGUAGAGUUGACCUUUUUCUUGCUAAUUAUCAUAAGCUUUGUCAUUUUUACGUUUAUAUUGAGUCCAUAUUGUUCACUGUAAUACGUGAUUUUGUUAAUAAGGAUACAUUUAUCAGUUUCGUUCAAAGCUUCGAUAAAUAUUCUUUCAGAGUAGAGAUUGCAGAUUAGAGGGGACAAAAUACAGCCUUGCCUCACUCCACGCACGUUUUUCACAUAUUCGGUGUGUUCACCUUUAGGUGUGUUAUUGCAGAAUAAACUUUCUGCUGUAAUAUUCUUGGUCCAUCAUUUAUCUCUUUUUUAGCCCAAAGGUGGUAAUCCUUUGGUCUUUAAAUGGUUUCUCUAGGUAUUCUUUCCACGUUCUUAUUUUACUCUGUCUGUUUAAGAUGAUGUUUCCGUCAGAAUCACUUAGAUUUUCUUUCUGUCUCCGUCUUACUCUAUCUGUGAGUUCUUUAACUUCCCUAUGUAAAUUGUGACUAUCGUGUUUUGACUGUAGAGUCUCAAUUUUUUCGCAUCAUUCCACUGAUUCUUUUUCUUUGGCUUCUCUGAUUAUCCUUUUCAGUGCUUCUCUGAGUAAUGUGUACCUGUACUGGCCCUUUUCCUUGGAAAAAACGUCGAUUUAUAUUUAUAGACCUAUCCUUUCAGUUCUUAUUCAAUUUUUCUCCAACGUCCUAAGCAUUUUUUUUUCACCUUUAGCAUAUUGAUGAUAUUUCCAAGAAUGUUCAGUCUUACCGGUCCAAAAACAAAUAAUGAUUGACAAAUGUCAACAGAAGAGAUGGAAUUGCUGCGGAUUUAAGCUCUAUUUGGACUUUUUUGCACUGCAGUCACGUUUCGUUCUUUUAUAGGUCAUUCCCGACAAUAUGGUGCAUAAUUAUUUCAUUAUUAAUGAAGCAGAGAUGAGUCAAUAGUCAAUAGCGUUUAUUGAAGAUAGUUAUUGGAAAACCGUAUUUUUUUGCAUAAUCAUUUAUAACUCAUACACUUUUUCGUUUGAUAUUGAUUUUAUUACCUAGUUAUGUUAUAUGUAAUCAGAAUACCUAUUCUGUUAGGCUACAACAAAAACAAAAUACUUUAUGCUAUGAAGCUCAAAACGCAGAUUUAAAUUUACUUUUAGUACGCCAUAUUGGUGUGACGUCACGCAAUUUUUGAGGUUAUGAUUCUAAGCGAACAGAAUUUUCGAUAUUAUCAUAAGCUAUUUUGUGGCUUUAGAAUUAAAGCAUCAAUAAAACAUGGCGACGUGACGUCACUACUGCUGUGGCGUAUCAACUUGCUCCUGUAAGGGGGCAUUUUUUGUAUAUAUUGGAAUUGUGAAAAAGAAAGAACAAGUGUGCAUAUUGUACAUAAGAGAAAUUUUAUUCUAACUAGGUCUAUAUUUGUAAAUACUUAAUAAUAUAUAUGUUAUUAGAUACUUCAAAGAUUGUGUAAAAAUAAUUUUAUUGAGAAAAAUCGCAAUAUGGUUCUACAUAAUUCAAAUUAGCUCCCUGGCUCGUUUUUGGAUCCCACUUUGAGUUUCAUUGAUUUAAACAAAAGUUUUUUUUAACUUAACCUAGUUCUAAAGCCAGGCAGUUAGAUCAUCGCAAUUCACCUCUCACUUCUAAAAGUCUACAUUGAUGCCAGAUUUUAGUAAUAUUUUUUCACAAGCUCAGAUAUGACCAGAUUUUCUGUAAUAUCGUUUAGUCUAGGGCCAGUCUUGUUUCGUGGCCUAUCAAAAUGCACGUAGUUUUAGAGUGUAUUUUUUAUGUAUUUGACUCGAAUGGUUCUAAUUAUUGGAUCAAGGUUUGUCAAACAUCAUUUUGUAGGUUUUUUAAAGAAACAAAUUGCAUUUUGUAAAAAUGAUUUCUAUUUUUUAGUGUGCGAAUGUUAAUCAGCAAGUCAAAUACAUACAAAUACACUCUGAAAUACUGUGGACUUUGAUCGGGCACAAAACAGCCCAGACCCUGAACUAUGUGACCAGAUUUUGUGUAGUAUCAUUUUUUAUCAUUUAAGUUAACAAAAAUCCAGCCAGGGAGCAAAAUUCUAGUCCCUCAUUUACCCAUUAUUCAAGACAGUAGAAGCCAGUAUUAGAAGAAUUGGUACACAAAAAAACAGUUACUUAACAUUUUAAAAUUUGAAUACCGUCCCGAGUACUUCUUGAACAAUGGUAAAUUUGAAAAAUAUUUGUAGAUGUAUACCAUGUUAUUUAUAUAGUAAAUCAAAGCCUGGUUCAAACGUUUAAUGUUUGUUGGCCUAUUUUGUAAACACCCCACCCCGUAUUUGACAGAAGAAAAAUAUAUCUGUAUUUUUGUUUUCAAAACUUGGCUGUGCGUCGCAAGGCAAGAGGCCAUAGAAAAAUAUGAAGUAGAAGAAAAUUUUUGCUUUAACAGGUGCUAUAGAGAACAAAACGACAAAAACUAUGAGGUUAAAGUAAAAAUUGAAUAAAAAUUACUCAUUUGCCAUAAUUUUUUACUUAAAUCUUUUGAUAUUCACUAAAAUAUUUUUUUCUUCUGUUAAUGUUGUGUGGUUUUAACUGAUAAAAAUUAUUUCAACUGUCAAUUUCUUGCCAUGACAUUAUUGUUUUAAAAUUUUAACCAAAAUCUGUGCUUAUUUUUCAUGUCGCAGUGCAAUGACUUCAUAUUUUGUUAGAAACAACAAUUAGGGAUUCCAAUGAACUGUCAGUGGUGGCCGGUGGAUGGCUAAACUGACAUGGCCAUAGACAUAGAUAAGGGGGGUGGUCAUCGCGUAUCUAAUGUUUACAUUAAAUAUUGACAAAUUUGUAAAGAAUAUCCUGUCUGGAUUUGUUUUUUUGUUAAUUGUUUAGCGAAAUCUGUGAAAUUGUGAUAGCAAUUUAAAUAUGAAGUGGUUUAAUAAUUGGAUACGCCUAUGGAUGACAGUUUUGCCAUCCAGCAGCCAUAUUAUAUCACGUGAUUUGGAAUGCCUAAUUUUAUUGACAUAACUUAAAGAUUUAUUCAGUUUAACAGACUGAAUUUUUAGUAAAAUUCGUUUUAUUUGGUUGGCACUGCCAUACAUCGUUGUUGCUUCUUUUGCAACAUCCCCAUCGUCCCGCAGUCACUUUGCAGUGUGGGCAGCAUAUCCCAAUAUAAAAUUUAUGGAACCUUGCAGCUCAGUGUUGCCGGUUUUAAGCAGACGAACUUAAAGUCCGUCUAAUAGAAUAUUCCAGAAGUCCAAAACAUCUUGAUUUGAAAAUCUGUGGGUUUUAUUAUUUUUAAAUAAUUCAUAGAUAGGUACUAGGAAAGAUAUUUAUACGAUAUUAAAGAUAUAUCAUUUGAAUAUUAAUUAUAAUUAGCCUGUGAUUAAUAUUAUAUUUACUAGUUAUUUAUGAUAUAAGUGUUAAAAGUACAAUUUUAAGUCACGCAUGUGAAAGUUUGCAGAAUGAGCGAAGCGAAUUCUGCAAUUCACAUGAGUGCCUUAAAAAUGUACUUUUUAACACGUGUACUUUGUACGCACGUAAGAAGUUAUACUUCUAUUAUAUGAUUUCAACGCAAUAAAUAUACUUUCAACAGGUUAUUUGUAUUUAAAGAUUCAACUAAUUUUAACUUACUACUUUCCAAAAAUUUUUAUUAAAACAAUACUAAAAAUAAAAAAAGUUAGAUAACACACGGAUUCAAACCGGGGACCUUUCGAUCUCCAUCUCCGGUCGAACGCGCUACCACCGAGCUAAACUCCCUUUGCUUUGACAGCUUACAAGAUUUCUCAUACAUACUGACAAAUUUAAUAGACCAAGUGAGGUAUAAAAAUACUUUAAAAUUUAUUUAAUAGAAAUAUUAAUAUCUCUUGGCAACACUGUUCUUCAUAAUAAUCUGUACUGAAAGGUGACCGUGGAACGCAGUAUAGACGAUAAUGCAUUUACUUUGGUUGUGAAAAUAAUUUAUUUCGAAAAAAUAUUAGUAAAUGCACAGAUGUGUUUUGCAUCGAAGCAGUAGGUAUGACAUAAUGCUAAACAAUGUUUCAUGUUUGACAUACGGCAUAUAAAGUUGAUUCUUCUUUUUUAGCUAACAAGUUAAACUAAGUUCAGUUUCUAAUCAAAGUUUCUAAAGUUUUUAUAUAUUGGUUUAUAUUCUAUGAUAUUAUUUGCCAAUUUUGAUCAAAUAAAAGAUUAUUCAGUUUGUCACAAACGAUAUACCUAACAUUUUUAUGAAAUAAACUAUUAAUGUAAUACUACAUGUCGGUUUAUGACGUUCUCCGCCGUUUUCCGACUUGUAAUCGCCAGGUUGUUCCAUAGGUCCUCUUUUAUGUUUCUUUCUCCCAGCUCUUGAUCUAUUCCUUCGCUCCAACUUGUCCUCGGUCUACCUCGUGUUCUCUUUUCUCCUGGUUGUCAUUUUAGUACUUCCCUUGGUAUUCGUUGUUCAUCCGUUCUUUGUAUAUGUCCGAACCAGCUAAGUUGUUUUAUCGAUAAGUGAUCCAUGAUUGUUCAUUGUAUUGCAUUCAUUGGUAAUCCUUUCUCUUCUAGAUCUUCCUGUCGCACUUCUUCAAAAAUCAAUUUCCGUUGCUCCCAGUGUUGCCAAUGUUCUUUCUAAGAGGUCCUACCUCACAGCUUGUAUGAGUGAUAUUUUUCACUAUAGUCUCAUAUAUCCGUUUUUUAUUUUCUUUGCUGAUGGAUUGGUCCCAUAAAAUGCUGUAAUGGCUUUUCCCCCUGUCGUAUUUUUUUCUCUUAUGGCUUUGUCUAAUGUUCCAUCGUGCUAAAUAUUUAUAUCUAUGAAAUCUUUUUGUUGUCCUCCAAUGUACAAGUAUUCUGUUUUAUUUUUAUUGACUUCUAGACCCCAUACUUUUCAAUUAAUUUUUGGGCCAUAUAGCUUAAAUCGUCAUAAUCUUGAGCCUCUAUUACUUGAUCUGAUCGUCUGCAAAGUUGAGUGUACAUACCAUAGUGUUGGUGAGUAGUAUCCCAUUUGUUCUACAUUUUUAAAGCACUUUCGAGGUAUAUUUUAAAUAAACAGGAGACAGGCAACAUCCUUGCUUCUAUUCCUUUGAUGUUACAAAUCCUGUUGUUAUUUUUGUCCCUGUUUUUAUUUUUGUUAUGUGUUGAUUGUAUAGUACUUUGACGGUUUUUAUUAAUUCUAUGAAUUGAUAUUCGUGCUUUCCAUUGAUUGCCACAGUUUCUUUAGUGGAACGCUGUCGUAGGCUUUCAAUAGGUCGACGAACAAAAUAUGCAUUCCUUGAUUGCGUGCCAUCUUUUUUUGAUUUUUUUCCAAAUCUUGCAAAUCAUAGAAUAAUGCUAUCUGGUGAGGCAAUUUAUUUAUUGUUUUAAGUGCCUAAGAAUCUGAACUUAUUAAAAGAUUUAUCUAUGUGAUAAAACUGCAUGUUGUCUUGCAUCGAUAAAUAUAUUGUUUGAAAAAUACCACAUAUAUUGUUCAUUUUUUCAGUGAAUGCCAAACCUAGAAAAAAAAUUGAGCCAAAAGAUCAAAAUAUCAAGUAAUUGAAGUUCUACAUAUAUGUGAAGUCAUUGUAUUGUUCAAACCUCGUAUCAAUUUCAACUUCCAUUGGUAACGAAUACAAAACAAAGGGCACAAAUAAAAAAUGUUAUAGGAAAAAUACUAAAUAAGAACUUGUUGUGGUGAGAUAUUAAGUUUGUUCCCACCGAAUAGUUGAAUUUUAUAAGAAUCAUAAGGCAAUCAAUAUUAUACUGUUUUUAUAUAGAUAUAAAAUUGCUGUGUCUAAUUCUAAAGGAAAAAUAUAUGUGCACAGAAAUUUUUAAAUAUUUUGAUAAACGUUGCAAUAAUGAAAAAUUGAAAUAAUGUAAAUGGGACCCUUGAAAUGGCAAAAAUGAUUCAAACAAAAACAGAUGGAAAGCCAGUGUCGAAUAAGAAUACCAAUUAAACAAUAAUUUUUUAUAAUAUCCAAAUUUUUGUUCAAAAUUCAUACUCCACACUCAAUAAUGUAAAACCUUAUUUUCUAUUAAAACACAAAUAUCGUUACUAAAUAUUUGUUUUUAAAUUCAAUAUAAUUGUUAAUAAAAUCAUUUUUUUAGUAAAAUUGUGGCUUAUUUCCCAUCAAAACUAGUUAAUUGCAAAAAUGCCACAAGAAAAUAGCUUCAGAACAACAAUAUAACAAUGUUUCAAUAAUACUAAAUAAAGUGCACCGCACACAUCUUAUGGAAAAUAUAAUGUCACUCAAAUACAAUAAAAAAUUACAUGAAUAUAGUCGUCUCGAAAUUACAAUCAUUUCGUAUCACAGCGCCAACUCUGAAUGUUGAUUAAUAACGUCGUAAAUUGAUAUAAAUAAAUCUAACAAAUAGGUUAAAAUGAGAACAGAGAUUUUGUGAAUCUGCAGUUCGUAAAUCUUUCUGCAGGUAUUAAGGUCUCUUAUCUUAUAGAUAAUAAAUGACAAUGCACUUCCAGUGAAGCACGUCAAAAUAAGGGUCAGCUUCACGCUGUGUUAAGCCGUUUUCAAUAGCGACUAGACUAAUAGUAUUUAUGAAUAGGACAGUUUUAUGAACUUCAAAAAUGGUAUUUUCAUAAACUUCAAUUACAAUUUUACGCCGUUAUUAAUCAAAAUUGAAAGUUAGCGCAAUGAUAUGAAAUUAUUGUAAUUUCAAAUAAAUCUUGUGUAUUUGAGUGACAUUACAUUUUCCAUAAGAUGUGUGCGGUGUCCUUUACUAUUCCCUAUAUAUUUCACAGAACCAUACUAUGCAUCUUCAAUGUAAUUGACUGAAAUCUUUCAAAUUUUAUUUAUUUUAUCAACAAAACAUUUAUGUGACUGAAUAUUACUAUGUUUUACCUGUAUCUUCAGUUGCAGAGUGCAACACGAAUCACAAAUUUCCUGCUUUUGUUUCUACAAACUUACCUUUUGACUUCUUAGUAUGUUCAACUAUUUUGACAUUGUCUCUUUUUUAUUUCUUUCGUUUAUUAUUUUAUUUCCUUUAUUUGCCUAGUUUUCUUUCUUCUUCUUCAGCCUUAAGUAGGUAAUCCAACUUUGGACAUAGCUUUUCCCAAUUCAAUCUUCAAUCCAGUGUUUUCUAUUUUACGCCAUUUGCUUCCAUUUGUGUCCUCCAACUUAAUGUCAUCAGCCCAUCUCAUCUGUGGCCUUCCUCUGCUUCUCCUUCCUAACCAUGAUCUCCAUUGUUGUAUUUCGUGGUUCCAUCUUUUAUCCUUCAGUCGGGCAUUGUGUCCUUCCUGCGAAGCUCCUUUUUAAUUUGACCUAGUUUUUUUUAAAAACCUGUUAAUUUGUAUGCCCUUUAUGCUCCUAUACCUUUUAUUGAAAUAUCCAUAAAAUGUCAAAAUCACAAUUAAUUGUCAACGAUGACAGUUAAAUGACAUUUAGAACAGUUAAAUGUCAAUAAUGACAUUUAAAUGAAAUUUAGGACAAGUAAAUGUUAAGAAUGACAGUUAAAUGACAUUUAGGACAAUUAAAUGUCAAGAAUGAUAGUUAAAUGACAUUUAGGACGCUUAGUUGAACGUAUAUUAGUGAUUUAUCAACUUCUAAUAUUUACGGUAUCAUUUAGACUGGUUUCUCAUCUGAUUUUUAGUACUUUAAUGAGAAGGAAGAGUUCAAGGGUUUUGUAGUAGAAUUCUUGUCGUCCCACAUCGACGUAAUGUCAAUAAAUUUUACGUACAACACUUAAAUGUGUGCAAGUAACAUGUGAUAUCAUGUAAUAUGUUAGUGUUAAAAAAUAAAUUGGUAUAUAUACAUAUUACCUCAUUUAUUGUUUUAUAUUUUUAUGUUUUAAUAUAAUGAAAUGAGUCAA